AUGACAGAACAAGACGGAGAUUUCAUUCAGGGAACUUGUAUGCAAAUGUGUCCUCAGAGGGAGAUCUUAUCACGAGAAAAGCAGCGACGACUUCACUUCUUCGAAACCGUUGCGUUUACAUCGCCUUCUACAAAUUCAAACAUUUCCCAACAAGACAAACUAACAGCAGAUCCGAGGGCCGUAGUUAAGGAAUUUACUCGCUCAGCGGCAGGGAAGGCUAUUGAUCCUUCAGAACUUAGGCCAUUUCAAGUACUUUUACGGACGGUAAAUUAUCUGAUUGACGUAAUUGCUGCCAAAGAUGGGGACUACCCAUGGCAUAUGAUUUACUUGUUCGUUUUUGACAGGACAAGAUCUGUUAGACAAGAUCUAGUUGUACAAAGAAUCAGUGGAAAGCCUGUUGUUGAAAUUUUCGAGAAAAUAUGCAGGUUUCACAUUUUCAGCAGCUACCAGCUAUGUGAAAGUACCAUCGAUGUGUUUGACGGAAAAAUCAACAAUGAUCACACCACAGAGUGCUUAAAGAGACUUCUGUGUUUCUAUGACAUGGAGCAGCCUGCUACCUAUAGAGAAACCAGAGCAGAGUUCGAAGCGUACUACUUGUUACACAAUUUGGGCUUGGUUGAGGCAUUAACGCGAGCUGUGACUUUGCCUGAAGAAAUCAAGAGAAGUUGCCUGGUUCAGUUAGCAUUUGACAUUAACUUGACUAUACUGCUUAGAAACUAUGUACGGUUCUUCAGACUUGUCACGUCGCUGCCUUAUCUAGCAUGCUGUGCUGUUCAUAAGCACUUCAAUCAUGUGAGAGCUGAUGCUCUUGCCACCAUAAACACAGCUUAUUUCAGCCGUAAUGCAAGCCUUCCCCUAACACUGUUGGUUGAAAUU